AUGGACUGCGGCAAAGCCUCGCUGCUGCCUGACUGGCUGCAUGCAGGCGCUGCGGCAACGGCCGAAAAAUGCCAAGUUGCAGCAACCGUGACGAGAUCCGACUCCUGGUUGGGGGCUCCCACUGCUCCACCCUCUGCGAACGGCUGGAAGUCACCCCCCAUGUACUGCAGUACUGCAGUGUCGCCUUCGUACCGCUGUGAGCAGCUCUCGUGCUGCGGAUCUCCAGCCAGUAGGUGUGGAGAAUGCUGCUGCCUCUCCGGCUUGCAGCUGAGGUGCACCGACACCCCGGCUCUGCAGCUCGGCGCGUCCUGCUCAGCAGACGACAACUCCUCGGCAAAUCCUGCUUCGCAAUCGAUCAGCAGGCAGAAAGAAGAGGGCGGAGCUGCGCGUGCAGGCCGGCGAGUCCACCCUGCCGCUCCGCAAGCCGAAGUCGGAGCAGCUGCUGCGGCAGCAACGACCCUUAGCGGGCGUGAGGCUGCUCCAGCAGUCGCAGAGCCUAAACAAGAAGCAGCAGCAGCACCCGCAGCUUCCGCUGCAGCAGACGCCGCAGCUCCACAAGCAGCUGCAGCGGAGGAAGAUGCGGAAGGAUGGAUUGCUGUGAAGCCACGGCGUCAACGCCGUUGGGCCGACGUGCCCCUAUCCGAUGACGAAGACGAUGGCAUCGUAAGCAGCAACCUCGAGGCUUUCCUUCAAAGUCGGAGUCUUGUUAUCGCAACUGCAUGCGGAUGCGGCGCAACAGCUGCACCUCGACGUUAUCCGCAGCAAAGCACCACCACAUGCGUCUUCAGUGCUGCUGUUCAUGCGGGCCUGGUGAAUCCGGCUAGGGAUAGCUGCAUCCUGCCCACCGACCAGCAGCAGCAGGAGCAGUUCUUGCGGGCAGACAGCAAGAGCUUUAAGGCGGCGCCUUCUUCCAGCAAAAGUUCGGCCCCUUGUGCUGCCAACUGCCGCAGCUGGCACGACCCCAUUGGAUCAGAAGCGAGCGUCGCCAGUCGAGGCAACGGCGGCAACAGCAAGGGACGCCUCCAGGAGGAGUAUGAGAGGGGCCUCGUGCAGAUCGGCCGAGCGGCCUCGAUGAGGGGUUUGUUGCAGUUGUGGGGCCUCCUGUCGCACAGAGCUCUAGGGCCCCCCGUAAAUGUAGCCGUCUGUGUGGGAGGCUGCUCCCCUCUGUGGGAGGAUCCGGUGAAUAGACGAGGCGGCCACUUCGCUGUUCGUAAUAUCGCGGGUCGGACUCAAGCCGUGGAGUUGUUUAAACUCUUGCUGCGUAGCUUGGACCAGCAGCAGCCGCAGCGAGGAAGGCGCCCCGUGGGUGCUCUUCUUUCCACGCUUACUGGGGUUGUCCUCUGUCUCCGAACUAACGACAGAGGUCACAAAGUUGAGGUUUGGGUUGGCUCAACUAACCCCCACACGCUGCGACAGCAGGAGGCGCAACUACGAGAGCUCCUCAAUUCAGGCACUUCAGUAUCCCACCGCCUGGACAUGGGGUUUCUCUCGCACGAGGUUUGCUUGUGCAAAAAUCAAAGGAAGCUGCGUCUCAAACCUAGCCGAAGAGAGCCGGAAGCGCCUGUAGUAUUGGCUGCGCAGGGGACCCUCUCACAGCAGCAGCAGGAAGAGCAGCAGCAGCCGAUAAAACAGCAGGAGCAACAGACCAAGUGCCCCUCGCUAAACCGCCAACAACAGAAAGAGCAGCGUAAUUUUGUUCUACCCCCUUUCUCGCAUGAUGGCACCCCAGAAGCAAUGCCCUCUCGCUGUUGCUCGAAGGCAGACGCGGGAACCCGCGCCUCUCCGGAUGGGCUGCCCUCCACGAGUGGGAGUGUCAGCACAGAUACUGGGAGUUCACACUGCAGCAGCAGCAGGGAAGGCUUCUGCGACAAAACGAAUGACACGGUAAUAAACCUCUCUGACAACACAGGUCUCACCCACCCAAGUUACAAGAGCGUAAUCCUGAUGGGGAGCAGUAGUGGAGAUCAGCUGCAGAGCUGUUCUGCUCGGGCACCUAGCGGUGCUUGUGAGCCUCUCACCUGCGCUGACGGCGCCAGCUCGGUAGCGAAUCAGGUGGAAGAAGGGAGGAGAACUGAAGCUGAGAAUACAAAGGAUGGUCUGUCUCGAUCCUGCCGGCAGCAUGUGCGUCAGCAGCAGCAUGUGCGUCAGCAACAGAUUCGUUCUAGUAGCAACAGCACCACAUCUCUGGCAGCGGCUCCAAGUGCUCAGGGUACUGCUGCUGUGGAGAACUCUGCCGUUCUACUUUUUCCACAUAGUGCUCGAGAGGGUUUGUGUGUCUCGGACGGAGUAGUGGCCGCAGCCGCUGCCGGUGAUGCUGCUGCUGCAGCAAGUGGACCGAAAGGUAAUGCAGCUCAGGGGAAAAGGCUGGGGAGGCAGAAACAACAGAGGAGACCGUGCGAAAUGGAACCGAGAACUGGGGGACUGUUCCCGGAGCAGCGACUGCUACAGCAUCUUUAUGCUUUUGACGCGCGGGAGUUACCCGAUUAUUUCUCGAUGCAGCAGGCUGCCUAUCAGGGCCGAGUCGCUAUGUACGAAAGCUAUGCUGCAUGUGCCUCCGCCGCCAUCACAUCUGAAUACGCCGCUGCUACAGUGCAGCAGCAGCAGCAAGGAGAAUGCACAACGUGGGACUUCCCGCCCUUGAAAUCCUCCGUCGGCACCCGCGUGCACGGCCAGAAGCAGCAUCACAGGCAGUUUCAGCUGGACCAGCCGUGUGCGAGCGGGUACGAGACAAGGAGCAGCAGCAGCACGCAGAAGCGUACCAAGCAGUUUGCAUUUAACCCUAAUGCUCCAGGCUUUGUCAUGCCUACCCGACCUACUACGAGCAUACCACUGGCUUCAGGAAAAAACACGGCUGCGGAGGCUAGGAGGGACUGCACUGCUGCGACGCCUGCUGAGCUGUCGGAGCCUCUGCUACAGCCAGAAGGCGUAGCUGUAGCAAGCAGCAGUCCUCUUGCCACACUACCCACUGGAGAGGACGGGGUCAGGCUGCCAGUUCCUGCUGCAGCUUCCGAGGAACCGGGGUCGGUUUCAGGUGCAUCAGCGGCUGCUGUCGCCGCACAGUGUAUGGGCAGCUUGUUCGACGCAGACUUUGUGGAUCCUCGCGACCCCUCAUCUUUGCUGCUAAUCACGCUGAUGCUGACCCCUGCCCUCGACGAUGCCAGCCCCCUUCAUGUUCCGUUGCUACCUCUCUCCCUUCUGGAAGGGGAAGGCUCCAGUGCUGCUGCGGAAAACCCAGAGGCGCAGUGCGUGGAAACGGACUCCCGACUCAGCCUGACUCUCGACUAUGAAGAGCUCACGCAGACUCUCUCUCUUGACAUUGUGCAGAACUAA